AUGCCUGGGACAGCUGGAAGCCAUGAAAUGGACUCAGUGACCUUCGAGGAUGUGGCUGUGAACUUUACUCUGGAGGAGUGGGCUUUGUUGGGUCCUUCCCAGAGGAAUCUCUACAGAGAUGUGAUGUGGGAAACCUUCGGGAAUAUGGCCUUUAUAGGAAAAGAAUGGGAAGGCCAGAACAUUGAUGAUCUGUACAAAAAUCCAGGACACAUGUUCGAACACAUGAAAAAACUCACACUGGAUAAGAACCCUACGAAUGUAAGGAAUGUGGAGCAGCCUUCAGUUCUUGUUGAAGCAUUCAGAAACACAUGA